UUUGCGUGAUUCAGUCUGUUUUCUAAUCACCAUGCAGUUCCUUGUAAUACUGAUAAUUCUGCUGCCAUCGGUUGCGAUUGCCACGAGUGCGAUUGAUGAGCAGAGCAGUUCCAAGCAGCCGAGUAUAGCCGUCAUGGUUCGAGUAGUUCAGCUUAACCUCCCGAACUUGAAACGUAGUGUCCGUGCUCCCUGUGUGCACCAACCGUGCCGGACUCCGUUUCGUGCUGGAGGAUCAAAGCCCGAGCAUUACAACUAUAACUACAAUUGGUUUGCGCCAAAAAGUGGAGUGAAAAUUCUGGAAAAUGAAAUAGUCGAGCAGGAAGUCAGAACUGAUGUUCAAGCAAGUGAUAAUAAUUAAGCUCAGCUUGAAUUGUCAGGAAAACUCAAAGAUUAUUUUUAUGAAAAG